GGUAUGCUUAUUUGGACGUUGCGAGCAUUGGGCCGUGGACUGUCUACUUGACAUUUUUCUGCCUGCACAUGGCGGCCACGUCCGUAUUCAAUGAAAGGAUCAGUGUCGGAAUUUUGAGACACUGUUCCAUGGACAAAAUCAAGGAAUCGGCAAAAAAUGCUUGGACGAACAUUGGCGUCACAACUUCUUUGGUUUUGACAACUGUCAUUGGGGCUCUCAUAGAAGGGCACGAGAUCACUCCAGCCGGGUAUUGUUUGGGGCCCCAUCAACUUUUCCAAAUUCGUCAAAUUUAUGUCUCGUUGUGCAUCACCUGCUUCUUUGCAAACAUCAACUGCAUUCUGUACUGCGUACUGACAUUGUUCCAUUGGGAUUCUUUAACAGAUGCGGAUGCCAUCGAAUUCUUACGUCAAAAUCCCCAAGUGUUGGGAGAGACUGUCAUCUACAUGAUGGAAUCCUACCUGUUUUUUGCACUGGCUGUCGCUGCUUGGCUAUAUGGCACAUAUGGUCGCCCAAUGACUGUGGGGAUCUUUGCGUCGCUUGCUCUGUCUGCAAUUGCCAACAUGAUUCGGGUCUGGUGGAACUUGGCUGCAUUUGACCCCAGAAAGAAAGUGCGGAGGAGCCAGAAGAAAGGGUUUUUUCGAAUGGGCACGCGUUGGCAGCAGCUUUUGGACCACGUGUCAGAGCGGGAGCUGGAUGGCAAGUCUGCUGGAAACCCGGUGCAGGGUAUGACCAUGGAAAUUACAGAUGCCCAGGGUUGUGAUGUGGAAGCGGAGAACAAAAAAAAACAUGCCUCUAAUGAGGCCACGAACCAAAUGGCCGAUGACAAUAUGCCUGCAGAUUCAGCGCCGGCUGGCAGAUCUGAUGGGACGCAUGGUGCUGGCACAAAGCGGCGUCGGCAUGGGGAGCAGCACAGUUCAUGGUCUCAUAGCCGCAACCACUCCUUUGAUCCCCAGCUUGUCCUUCAGCCGUGGAUGAAGAUGUGGGCCUCGCAGUCGUCUUUUUCCAAGGCCGACUUGGAAGUGCAGAUAAGUGCCAUUUGCGGUAAGAAGCCGUUUGUAUUGUUGUUGCCAUGUGUAUUGUGCUUGGAUGAGGCCGCAGCACUGGCAACAGCUGCCGCAAUUGCUAUUCCUUUGGUGGGUGUUUCUGCUUUGGAGACGGUCAAAACGUCGACCAGUUCCCAAGAGGUGAAGUCAGCACCAUGCAUUUGGGCUUCGAUUUUCGGCGUGAUGGUGGGCGUUUCCGCACAGCGAAACGGCAAAAGCUGCAUGAUUCAGCGGCGUGCUGCAGAGCUCUUGGAUGGUAAGGCAACCGCGGCGGAAGUUCGGCGAGAGCUUCGCACACGCACCCAGGUGCUGCAAGCAGAAGGCUUGGUACCAGGACUGGCCGUAGUCCUGGUGGGCAACAGGGCUGAUUCCGAAUCGUAUGUGCGCGGCAAGACUAAGGCAGCGGAAGAAGUCGGAUGCCAGGUAUUCAAUGUCAAUUUUCCUGACACCGUAACAGAAGCGGCGUUGAUAAAUAAGGUGCUGGAGCUAAACGAGGAUUCUCGAGUACAUGGAAUUCUGGUGCAACUGCCUCUGCCGGGCCAUAUCAGCGAGCAGCUGGUCCUUGACAGCAUUGCUGUCCAUAAAGAUGCAGAUGGCUUGUGCAGCACCAACCUGGGGCUCCUGGCUCGUCCUCUGGGGCGCCCGCUGGCUCUUCCAUGUACUCCAGCAGGGAUGAUGGAGAUGUUGCGCAGGUACGAUGUCAGCAUUGAGGCAAAGAAUUGCGUGGUCCUUGGCCGUUCUGCCAUUGUUGGCAUGCCGAUGAUGCUGCUCAUGCUAAAAGCGAACGGAACGGUGAAAGUCUGUCACAGUCGCACGGAAGACAUCGCGGGAGCCUGCAAGGAUGCGGACAUUUUGGUGGCAGCUGUGGGCCGCCCGGGCUUCGUCAAAGGCGCCUGGCUGAAGCCAGGUGUCGUCGUGCUGGACGUGGGGAUCAAUCGGGUUAGCGAUGCCACCCGGAAACGGGGAUAUCGUCUUCAGGGUGACGUGGACUUCGAGACUGCCAAAGAAAAGGCAUCCCUCAUCACACCUGUUCCUGGCGGAGUGGGCCCUAUGACAGUAGCAAUGCUGCUGAACAACACUGUGACGCUGGCUGAGAACGCUCGACAGGGAAGAUGA